UCCCUGAAUACGAAUGUGCGGCUAUUUGAAUAUUGACUCUUGUGCACCGAAAAAAUGUGGAUACAUUCACAUUGGUAACUCUCUCAGUCAGUCAGUGGGAGAGCUUCAAUCAGCGCAAGGUUUCAAAACGGAAAAACAUCGAUUACACAUAAAAAUACGAUAAUGGAAGGAGAGGUUUACCACAGAACUCCUUACCAAGCCAAUGUGGACAACUUAACACCAGUAGACUUGGGUGGAUCUGAAGAGACAGAUGAGGAAGAAGAAAGUGAAGAAGAGGAAGUGGAAGAAGAGAUGGAGGAGGAUGAAAUAGAGGCGCCUCUAAGUAGUAUAGAAAUGGCCCAGAGGAUGAAGAAACUGGUAGACCCAGGCCCAUUCAAAUACAAUAGAAAAGUGUUUCUGGCGGCUCUACCUUGUUUUCUCAUUAUUUUGGCCAUAUGUGGAGAACCGCUUCUGCUGUUGGUAUCACUUGGGGUAAUUCUGAUUCUUGUGGUUGACACAGGGAGCAAAAAUCAGAGGACAGUGAUGGUGUUUACAUUUGUUUUCAUACCGUGCCACAUGACCAUACUGUAUUACACAUUUCCUCUUGUGUGGGUUUCAAUCGUGAAUCUUUUACUGAUGAUCAUGAUGAAUUCGUUCAUCUUGUUGACUGGGGGAUGGAUCCUUCUUCAGAUGAUCAUCUUCAGAAAACAGGAGCCAGAGGUUUGUGUGUUUCUGGAGCAGCUGCUGUUCUCCUGUUACCCCGCUCUGUCAGCAUGCCUCACAACUUGGGCCAUUGCCACAUUUAUUCCUCUCAAAUAUGUCCCAUUCAUUUUGCUUUCUGUAGGAUUUGUUUUAUUUCAAGUCUUCGUAACACCAUCAUCUUCGUCUUUUAAAAACAAUCGGAAGGAUCACAAAGAUGAUGUGAAUAUCCUUAACAACAGCAUCAUUGCUGCCAUGACAGCUGGAUUUUGUUUACUUCCUAUUUUUCUGCAGAUUUUCAUUGGUGUCCAUGAGAGAGGUUUCCAUGGAGUCAUUCAUUUAGGCUUUUUUUUUGAAGCAGUUUUCCUUUUAUGCUUGGCCUUGUUUAUGUCAACUUUAAUGAACAUCAGGCAUGUUGUAGAAGUAAUUGGGUGUCAGUACAGCAUUGUGGUCCAACUUCGGAGUCUGUGUGGUGGCCUGGCAGCUCUUCUCUCCUAUCCUAUGUUUUUAGAAUUGGGGGUCACCUCACAUUUCCUGUCAUGGCUGCCUUUUGCAAUUGGAGUAUAUGCUGUGUAUGGAACUUUGUUAAGCUUUAAAAAGCUAAAGGUUGUUUCACUGGUGUUUUUUGUACUAGCAGUGAUAUUGUCUAUGGUUUGGGCAAUCAAAUUGCCAUGGAAGCUUUCAUAUACCUUUAUGUUUGGGAUUUCUUUGAAGAUGAUAUUUUCGCUGAUGAUUGCUAACUCAGUGCUGUGCCUGAUUGUUGCUCAUCUCUCUUGUCAUGGAUCCCAAGCAGCAUUCAGUUUCCUUGUUGUGAUGCAGACUAUUGUGUUUAUAAAGUGUGAGGUGAUUCUCUUUGACUCCCAUCUAUACAGCUGGCCACUGUCUAUGGUUACUGGCAUUGCUGCAUCUUACACUUUGCAAAGAUUGCAGGUUGCAAGACGACUACCAGUCAGCUUGUCCUGUGCUUGUAUGUCAGCCCACGUCACAAAGUCAGUGCUGGUUGCCAUGGUGAUCUUCACAAAGGAGGCUAGGGAGCUGCCCUACACCAGCAUCUUAACCAUGUUCUUCUUGAUAUUUAUGAUGAUCAAAGUUCUACUGCUAGAAGUUCCCAUUGAUAUACCAAAGAAACAGCUGACCAUUAAUGUGAGCCUGAUGUGUGUCUCUGUGCUACUGAAUGCUAACCCUGUCCUCUUUAUUCUGGGCUCUUAUCUGUUCAAGGUCCAGGCCAGCGCUGCUGAUGCAAUGGGGAUCUGUUUUAUAAUUUGUGGCAUGCUGAUCAUAGCAACCUGCAUCCUUCACCUCCCAAACGAAGUCAAGAUGAAGCAAUUUGGAAUUUUGGGAGUGGUUACUGGGGUGAUUGUCAUCUUAUUCCAGCCAGAUGUAUCAUUUACAGCGUACGUGAAUGGCAUAUUUCAGUGCAGCGAAGUAAUAAGCAUCAUGUGUAUGAUUGUCAUUAUGUACACGGACAGUGUUCAGUCAUUUCCACACAUUGUGAUAGCGUCUGUACUAGUUGGAAUCACCCCGGGAAUCCGAGCCGCGCUCUAUCUGUAUCCUACGGAUCAUGUGCCGAUUACCAAUCUCAUUUUAUUUGGAAGCGUAUCCAUGUGUCUUGUGUGCGCUCUCUUUUCUUUCUCAAAAUCUCAACAUCUGGGAUGCAAGUUUGAGAAAAAUAUACUCACAGUGUGUAUGCUGGUGGUCACCCUCAGUGUCCUGUCCUUGAUUGUUGACCUGGUAUCCAAGGAACGCAAACAACCCAUUAUGCAUCUGCCAUCUUGGAAGCUCUUUCUUGCUGCCAAUCUUAUCAUCUGUACUUGCACAAAAAUAGUUGUUUCUAGGACAUCUGAAUAUAUUCCAUUGCAUGAGAAGGACAACAAAGAAAUUCCCUAUCUACCGUUAGUGGGCAACAUCACAACCAUCACUUCCUUCUUCUUCCUGUGUCUGUUGGGGCCUGCUACAGGCUUACUUUAUGAUAUUUGGUGUUGCGGAUCAAGUGUUAUUCUUAUGUGCCUACAGAAAGAUAUGAAAACCAUAUACAAUCUCAAAGACUCCAACCACACAACUCCCACCAAGCUGACUGCUGUUGCAGUUUUGGUCCUAUCUUCUGUUUGUCGUAGUGACCUUUGGCAUUCAAGUUCAUGGACUUUUGUGAGGUCGUGUCUAGAAAUUGGUCUCAUCCUUGGCACCACCCCUAUCUACUAUGUGCUGUGGGGGGUCUUAUGGAAGUCCACAGUGUUGCUGCCAGAGCCGGUGGUUGUGUUUUUGUUGCCACUUAAUGUUGCUAUGUUGCUCUAUGGCAGCAGCUGGACAUCCUGGACAUUAGCCUUUGUAGGAGCUAGUUCUUCUAUCUGGUUGAUGUCAACACAAUUUAAAUUAAUACCUUAUUCAGAAAAAAAAUGAUUCCUUUGUACUGAUUCAGUUUUUUUACUAUAAUUCGCAUCGUUUUACUUUCUAAUAAUCAAUAAAAUUUCAAUGAAAUUGA